UAAGUCUUUGAGACGAAGGAAUUGACUUCGGUGCCUCAAAAGCAGCAUUAAUAGGAAGAAAGAGAUUCUCCAAUUUUGUCUCUUGUUCAAUGGGAAGAGAAGAGGAGAGAGAGAUGGAGAUUCAUCUGUCACUCAAGGACGUAGAUGCUAAAGAAGAAGAAGCAAACGAACAUGGUACAGAAGAAGCAGCUGAGGCCAUAGCAGGAGAAGUAGACGAUGAUGCAUCAUUAGUACAACCAUCUCUGCAACAAAACAUCAUGAAGACUGAAGAGUUGUCUGUGCUACAAAUGGAGAUGAACCGCAUGAAAGAAGAAAACAAGGUGUUGAGGAAGGUAGUAGAGCAAACAAUGAAAGAUUACCAUGAUUUACAGAUGAAACUCGCCACAAUCCACCAAAGUAACCAAGAAAAGGAUCCUCAAAUCUUUCUUUCUCUUCGCGGUAACCACGAGGCUAGUCAAGAAUCGAAGACAGUUCCCGAAAUUCAAGGUAUCAGCAACCAAAGAGCUCCCUCACCGUCGCCGUCACCGUCACCGGCACACAAGGAUGGUAUUAGGGAGAGUGAAUUAGGGUUGUCACUGAGUCUACAUACAGAUGUUGAAGAACAAGAACGAGUGGAAGGUAAAGAAGAGGAUCAGUAUACGGCUGAAGAAUCGGCAAGUUUUACCUCACUACAAAACAAGCUACAGCGGAGUGAUUUCACCGGAAUUACAAGCCAUGCUGCCUCCCAAGCCAAUAGGAAAGCUAGGGUUUCGGUCAGGGCCAGAUGUGAAGCAGCCACAAUGAACGAUGGAUGCCAGUGGAGAAAAUACGGGCAGAAAAUUGCUAAAGGAAAUCCUUGCCCACGAGCCUAUUAUCGUUGCACAGUGGCUCCUGGCUGCCCAGUUAGGAAACAGGUGCAGAGAUGCUUGGAGGACAUGUCUAUACUGAUAACAACGUACGAAGGUACACAUAACCAUCCACUUCCUGUAGGUGCAACAGCCAUGGCUUCCACGGCGUCAGCAGCUUCGUUUAUGUUAUUAGAUUCAAGUAAUACAACCUCCACUUUCACCCAAGCAUCCCUUCCUAAUUACUAUCAUCCAUCAAACAUAAUUAGAAGCAUAAACCCUAACGACCCUUCCAAAGGGAUUGUUCUUGACCUUACAAGCAGCUCUAAUUACGAUCAUCAUCAUCGUCCCCCUCAAUUCCCAAUGCCUGGCCCCUCCUCAUAUUCAUCAUCAUCAUCAUCUCUACAAGGUUUCAGUAAUUGGAUGGAUCAUGGGAAACAAACAUAUCAUAAUAAUGCCAAUUCUCUCACCAACAAUCUAUUUCCUAGCCUUAGAUCAGGAGUACUGGAUGACGAAAAUGUGACAGCAAUGGCUUCAGAUCCUAAGUUUAGGGUCGCCGUUGCGGCUGCUAUCACAUCUCUCAUUAAUAAAGAGACCCAUACAAGUCAUCCUGUGGGCACUACUUUUGGUCCUAGGGAUAAUGGGGAGACUGCUACCUCUACUACCAAUAACUUGCUCCUUGAAUCUCUCCCGGGAAAUGGUAACCCAAUUAGGCAUUCUCCUUGAACCAAUUUGAAUACUAAUUACAUGUAUAUUUCUUGUAUAUCUUUUGUAUAUUAUUUUUUUUAAAAUUAAUUAUUAAAUUUGUAGAA